GCAUUGAGGAUUUAGGCGUUGUUAUUGUUGUUUCGUCGGUUGUAAAUUUAAUCAAAAUAGAACAAGCAAGUGGCUCAACAAACUCAAGAAAUAGAUAUAAGUACGAAGUGAUAAGAGGAAUUAGGCCCGCUAAUUAUCGAGCAGCCUACCAAGUGCAAAAUGGGCUGUGCGGAGAGCAAGGACGGCGAGGGGGAGGCGCAAAACAAUAGGCCCAAAUACCGGUCCUGCACGGACACCUGCUGGCUGGCCAUCUACAUUAUAUUCUGGUUGUUUUUGAUAGUGAUAGCCAUCUUUUCGUUCGUGUAUGGAAAUCCCUUGCGUAUCAUCAAUGGGUACGACUCCUUUGGCAACACCUGCGGCGUUAAGUACAAUGAAAAGUUCCAGGGAUUUCCGCUGUCCGGCAUGAAUACGCUCGACAAGCCGGAGCUCUUCUAUUUCGAUGUCAAGGAGCUGAAAAAGUCCCUCAAGAUAUGCGUCAAGUCAUGUCCCGCCAAAACCAUGACCAAGAGCAGCGAGCUGCUGGAAUACUACAGCCAAACGGGCACUCAGCUCUGCAAAUAUGACUACAACAUGCAGCAGCUGAGUACGGCGGGCAACGAUGCCAAAACGUUUAAUUUCCUGGGUCCAUGUCCCAGUUUUCCCGUUCAUGAGAGUUCGCCUGUCCUACAUCGCUGUGUGCCCAAGGGUACGGGAGAGAAGGUUCAGAACUACUACGAUAUGCUCAACAACUGGGAUGUGGCCCAGCAGUUUGUUGGCGACAUCUACUCCACCUGGCACAUCAUUGCCAUGGUCUGUGGAUUAGCUUUGCUCAUUUCCAUUGCUCUGGUGACCAUGAUGCACUGGCUGUCUCGCAUCGUCUCCUGGAUCAUCUGUGUCCUGGUCAUAGUGGCCAGUGUGGCGCUUACUGUUGCUCUUUGGUAUGCCUACUAUAACAUACGUAAUAAGUCUGGUGUGAACACACAAUACUCCUUGCUGGAGGAAUUUGUGCGUAAUCAACAAGCGGUCCUUACCCUAGCUGUCCUAGCCACCAUAACGAUGAUAAUCCUUAUCGUGGUCAUAUACUUCUUGAAGAACAAAUUGGCUGGCUUGUCGGCGCUUUUCGAGGAAGCUGGCCAGUGCAUGAUGAAUCUGCCAGGACUUUUGAUCGCUCCACUCUUAGCCUUCCUUGUGCUUAUAGCUUUCUUAAGCUUUUGGGUGGCAGUGAUCAUUUGCCUGGCCACAGCCAGUUCUCCCGGACAAAGUCCCAUUGCUCCGUUCGACAACUCGAAAGCCCAUCAGCAGCCUUUGCCAGCAAAUGCGUUGUUCGUUUCCAAUAACACCAGCGCCAAUGAUCUAAGACCCAAUGCCCGUGUAGAAUAUGCCGAUGCUGGAGCCCUUCGAAGCAUGUUCUGGAUCUAUGUGGUGGGUCUUAUUUGGACGGUGGAGUUCAUUUUCGCAUGCCAGCAGUUUGCUUUGGCCGCAGCCGUGGCCUUCUGGUACUUCCAAAAACCGACCAGCACACCCACGAUUUAUGCCAUUGGCAAACUGGUUAAGUAUCAUUUGGGUACGGUAGCCAAGGGAUCCUUUGUCAUCACCAUUUUCAAGAUUCCCCGCCUGAUACUCACCUAUUUGUAUGCCAAAUUGAAAAAAGGCGAGGACAAGGGAUCGGAGUGCGCCGCCUGCUGUUUGAAGUGCUGCAUAUGUGGUUUCUGGCUACUAGAGAAGUUCAUUCGCUUCUUGAAUCAUAAUGCCUACACCGUAGUGGCUAUCGAAUCCAUUAACUUCUGCCCCGCUGCUGGCAUUGCAUGGAAUGCCAUGGCCACGAAUGUUUUGCAAGUGGCCACCAUUAACAGUGUGGGCGACUUCAUUCUCUUCCUGGGAAAGGUUGUGGUGGCCGCCCUCUCUGGCCUGAUUGGUAUCAUUUUGCUCAAGGACAUGCCUGGUCUGAAUUUCUACAUGGCCCCCGUCAUAAUCAUCAUUAUAUUCUCCUUCUUCAUUGCUCACAUUAUCCUAUCGCUAUUUGAGAUGGUAGUGGAUACCUUAUUCCUCUGCGUUUGCGAGGAUAAGACACUGAAUGGUCGCUCUGGUCGAUGGGCGCAGAGCAACUUGGCCAAGCUAGUAGGCGAGGAACCGCUGCAGCCUGGCGAGGAGCCGCCUAUCGAAGUUGUUCAAAUGAUGCCCAUCAACAAGCAGCCCUUUAGUAUUACCCGACUCCCUCAGUCCGACCCCGAGGUAGCUCCCAUGUCGGCGGAGUAGCUCCAAAAGCAGAACCCCCCGAAACUCAACGCACAUCUCAUUAGGAUGUUAAUAUUUAUAUACAUACCAUUACUCCGUCGCGACGUACAAAGCAGAACAGUGGGACAAAUAAUAACUGGUAAUCUUGUCUAUUGAUAUAUUCAAACUUAGGAUGC